AAAACAACAAACAUAACCAAACCAAACAUUUAUUAUUAUUUAUUAUUUGUAUUUAUUUUGUUAAACGAAAAAAAUGUCGAGACUUAGAGGAAGUCGAAACCCUUCGUUGUUUCUCGAAAGCGUGCGACGUCAAAUACCAAAAACCCACAUUAGCCCCACGGAAAAUUUCGACUUUGGCGAAGCCCUAACUAGAGUCUAUCCGAUUUUGGACUUGAUUUUUGAUUAUUUGCCGGCUGAUGACUUAAAAUCCUGCUUGGAAGUUUCACAAUCGUGGGGCGCCGCAGCACAGUACAUCUUGGCAAAGAGACGGGCCCCCAGUUGGUUUACAUGUUACAAGAAAACGAAGGACUUGGACGAGAUUUCGUGCAGCCCCAAUUUGCAUUAUGACAAUGCCGAAAUCGGAAUAAUAUUCUACAACAGUUGCGUAUUUAAAGUGCAUGGCUACGUUCGAUUGCAAAAACAGUUACUGGCAGUUGAUAUGACAGUUUCUGAAUAUUUCAAGGAAGAUCUGUUACCAAAAUCUGUAGAUUAUUGUUUGUUGGCGGUGCACAGGACAAUAUCAUGUUUUAGCAAUGGAAGAACCCGUGAGGAAAUCGAAUAUCGAGGUUCUAUUUUUGAUGGAGUUUUCAUUCCAAAAAUACCUUCAGUGAGAACUUUAAUGUUUGAAUGCAAUCCAAGAAUAAACCCACUAGUUAAAACAAAGAAUAAUUCACUUCUUAGACCUCACGAGGAGACAAAAUGUUUGUUAAUAUUUUCCAGGAGCAAAAUUACUCUCUAUUUGACUGCUUUGUUGGAUUGUUUACUACAAGAUUCAAAUUCAGUAGCAAUCGGAGGUGGCAUAAUCAAAACAGUAAAAACUGUCCAGCACAAUACCAAAGUCAAUCCCAUUCAUCAAGCAGUUUGUAUAGCGUUUUUGAAAGAUAAAAGCUUGGAGAAUUUCAAUGCCUAUUCGUGUUGCAUCGAAGAUCCAGAUUUGAGUAAAGAUGAAUUUACUGUAAAACUUGUACAUUUUAGAAGAAAUAUUGAUUUAAAAUACCACAGUUUAGCGUUCCGUAUUGCUUGUGUAUCAAAAUUUGACGGUUUAAUGGAAUUGGAAGCGUUUCAAAAAGUAUUUCCUGAUGUUCCACUUGCCUCUAUAGAUGCACGUGGAGAAUUCGGUUUGAAUUCUUAUCCUAAUGCAGUUGCUUCUGAACAAGGCUCUAAACAGGAAGAGAAGAUACAGGAGUCAAAAUUUUCUCAUUUAACACACGAGUAUUCUUCAGUUUAUGUCAUAAUUACAUGGGACUAAUUUUCUAUUUUAUAUUAUUGUUGUAUUUUGUUUUUUCAGUAUUAGUUAGGAAUAUUUUUUUAUUUUUUUUUUUGUUGUGUGGUGUUCAACAAAAACACUUGAGAAUUGACUUUCUUAUAUUUUCUUUAAUUUUUUAUUUGAUUCAAGUACCUACCUAGAAACAUAUUUUUUAUUUCUGUGCUCAUAAACUAAUUAUAUUUUCGAUUCAGAAACUUGUAUUUUUAAAAAGAAAAUAUUUUAUUAUUUAAAAUACAGAGGUGACAAAAGAAAAAGGUCUGUUUCUGCAGA